CUCACGAGUCCGGACGUUCCCGAGUGGCUCACCUUCACAACGUCCCACCGAUCCAAUACUGCCAGCUGGCUCGGCUUGAAGGCGGUCGUCGCGUACCAGAGCCCCAGAAGCCGAGGUGGAUGUCGCGAAGACCCCCCGCUCGACACUAAGUAGCGUCCACUACAGCCCUGCUACGCCGGAUCCCUACCCUAAACCCGCCGCGAAGACCCGCUUUCCGGUGGCUGCCGCCCUUCUAUCACGCCUGCGCGGGAUCUUGCCGCUGCGCCUGGCUAAAACCACACCUCUCGCGGUUGGCCACGCCCUCGGAGCUCCGCCCUUGCCUCUGGAUCCCACCCCUCUUCCCGCAGGACCCCGAACCCCAAAUGAUCCUUCAGCAGGCCUUGGAGCGAGACCGACCGAAUCGGGCCCAGGGUGACCCGCGAGCUACCUUGGGGACGCCUCGAGGCUUGGACGCGAGGGAGCCCCUUCGAAAGCAGUUCCUGUCUGAGGAGAAUAUGGCCACCCACUUCUCUCGACUCAGUCUACAUAAUGACCACCCUUACUGCAGCACCCCGCUGGCUUUCUCCCCAGCUCUGCCACCACUCAGGAGCCCUUGCUCUGAGCUGCUUCUGUGGCGCUACCCUGGAAACUUGAUCCCUGAGGCCCUCCGACUGCUGAGGCUGGGGGACACUCCUGCCUCCCACUACCCUGCAACCCCAGCUGGGGAAAUAAUGGAGCUCUGAGUGCUGGCAGGCAGUACACCUGCCCACCCUUCUUCUCCACAAGAGAGAAGACCAACACCACCAUGAAGGGGACCAGGUGCCCUGCUUUUCUUCCAGAUCAGGCCUUUGGGCACCAAGACCUUCCCCCAACAGAGGACAGUGAGCCUGGGGUAGGAGGGACAGGAGGGACAGCCUCAUGGAAAGGGAAGCAAUCUCCCCCCACAGAAGAAUUGAAUAAAGAAUGCUGAACAGAUA